AUGGGUGCUUGUGGUACAAAAGCUAAAAUGCCUAAGAAUGUAAAAAAGAAUAAUUAAGAUAAAUACCAAGAAAAGGAAACUAAUGACAAUAAUCCUGCUGAUUUAGAAGAUUAUGUUAUUCCAUAAGAUUUUGAAUAAAAGAUUGAAUUUCUAUGUAGCCAAAAGUUUAACAAACAUUUAAGAAUGAGAUCUGUAGAUACAAACUUUUUUUACAAAGUAAUAGUUGAGUCAAAUAUCACAAAUAAUCCAGAGCUCGAAAAAGCGAUAAUUAAUGUUAGAGAAAAGAUAAGACAAAAGAAUGAGCAAAUUACAAGAAACGUAGAUAACAAAGGUAGUACUUGCAUACAGGUGAUUAGUGAAUAUCACAACAAAAUCAAAGAUUUUGAUUUUAAAGGCUUAUUAGCUAUGAUGCUGUAAGAUAAAUGCACAGAUAAUUAAAUUCCUCCUUUGAUAGAAAAAGUGUUAACAAUAUCAAUAAAGUGUUUUUAAAUAGUAUUGUCCAUUCUUUUAUGCACAGACUAAGAAUCUAUAGAAAAAUGGUGGAAUAUUAAUAAAGAUAACUAAAAUAUCACAGAAGAGUUUUUUGCAGAAAUUUUAGAUAUUCAUAAAUAGCUAUCUCUUAAAAAUGAAUAACAUCAAUAGGUUAUUUCUAUGCUCGCUUCUAGAAGAGUUACUAAAGAAUUGGUCUUAUUUAAUGAAGACAAAACUAAAAAUAUUUCUUCAAAUUCCAACAAACCUAACAGUAAUUCAAAUGUUGAAGAGCAAAAUCUCAAAGAUAUGGCAAACUCAUACUUAAAUUAAUUAUAUGGAGGAGUUCAGCCAAACGCAACAAGUCAGCCAGAAUUAAAAAAUGAAAAUUCCCAAGAUAUAAAAAGCUACGUUUGUUCUUAUCUGAAGAAUCUAUACUCUUAGAGUUAUAAAUAGCUCGAAAAUAUUGAAAAUAUAGAAAAUAUUUAUGAUAUAGACUUAGAAACUAACCAUAAAGCCCUUGAUUGUAUAAACUACUCUUUAAUACCAUAAAAUGUGCAAAAAAAGCAAAUGUAUAUGCUAAGAAAGGAUUGA